AUGACUCGCAAAAAUCAAAAGGGGCGCAGAGCCCAAUCUACGCGUCCGGCUGAUCCCGACCCACACAGCCAAAGCCCACGAAGAGGUACCCAAUCAUUCCAAAACAACAGUAGAAGCAGCAGUAAGUCCCAGCUCAUCCAUCAACACAAAACAAGCCAACUCAAACCCCCCCAAGCUCGCCCACCACAAAGCAACCCUCCACAUCCACCUUCCAAACCCCCCUCCCCAUCGCGCCCUCGCCAAACAUCCCCAAUCCCCUCCCCAAAGCCCACCCAACAAGCAGCAGCACACAAGCCACCCCAACCGCACCGCAAGAAAAAGCACCGCCGCAACCGCAAGAACAAACGCCCGAAACCCACCCCCAACUACAUCCCCUACUUCACCCACCACGAGCCAUACCCGCCAGCCACGAUGCACCCGCACUGCACAUCUCCCCACAUGCGCUACCGCCCCUGCGUUGAAUGUGCCUGGCACUGGAUGUUGCAGGACUGCAUAUAUGAAGGGCAAGAGAUGGGACUAUGGGACGACACGAUAGUGCAUGGACUUGAUCGUGCUAUAUUCCGGAUGUCACGGUAG